AUGUCUGCCAUUGUCACAAUAGAGAGGAAGAGGAGUGGUGUUUGUGAGGAUGAGCAGCUGUCCUGCUGUGCUUUGUGUCAGGAUGUCCUGAAGGAUCCAGUCUCUACCAGCUGUGGACACUGGUUCUGCAGACAGUGCAUCUCCUCAUACUGGGACCAGUCUGCUUCAUCGGGAGACUCCUCCUGUCCCCAGUGUGGAGAAAGAUCCAGAAGCAGAGCUGGACUGCAGACAGCCAGUCAGAGCAGCUGUGUACAAAAUGUUGGUCUGCAGGAGGUUUUAGAUGAACAUAAGAUCAGUCUGAGGAGGAGAUGUGAACGUGUGACUGAAGGAAGUGAUGAAACAGGAAGUAGAACCCUCCUCAAUAGGAUCUACACUGAGCUCUACAUCACAGAGGGACAGAGUGAAGAGGUUCAUACCCAACAUGAGGUGAGGCAGCUGGAGACAGCUUCCAAGAUGGACGCCCUCUAUGACACUCCAAUCAGGUGCCAGGACAUCUUUAAAGCCUUACCUGACCAACAGAGACCCAUCAGAGUGGUUCUGACCAACGGCGUGGCUGGUGUUGGAAAAACCUUCUCAGUGCAGAAGUUCACUCUGGACUGGGCAGAGGACUUGGAGAACCAACAUGUCAGUGUGGUGGUUCUGCUUUCAUUCAGGGAGCUGAACCUGAUCAGAGAUGAGCAGUACAGUCUUCUGGAGCUGCUCCAUGUUUUCCAUCCAACAUUACAGAAGGUCACAGCAGAGAAGCUGGCUGUCUCUCAGCUUUUGUUCAUCUUUGACGGCCUGGAUGAAAGCAGACUUUCAUUGGAUUUCACCAACAGGAAGCUGCUAUCUGAUGUCAGACAGAAGUCAUCAGUCAGCCAGCUGCUGACAAACCUCAUCCAGGGGAAUCUGCUUCCCUCGGCUCUCGUCUGGAUAACUUCCCGACCUGCAGCAGCCAAUCAGAUCCCUCCUACAUGUGUUGACAGGCUAACAGAAGUACGAGGCUUCACUGACGCCCAGAAGGAGGAGUACUUUAGGAGGAGAUUCAGUGAUGAAGAGCUGUCCAGCAGAAUCAUCUCCCACAUGAAGACAUCCAGGAGCCUCCACAUCAUGUGUAGUAUCCCAGUCUUCUGCUGGAUCACUGCUACAGUUCUGGAGCACAUGUUGACUACAGAGCAGAGAGGAGAGCUGCCCAAGACCCUGACUGACAUGUACUCACACUUCCUGCUGGUUCAGACAAAGAGGAAGAAGAACAAGUACCAUGAGGGACAUGAGACGAGUCCACAGGAGCUGACGGAGGCUGACAGGGAAGUUCUUCUGAAGCUGGGGAGGCUGGCGUUUGAACAUCUGGAGAAAGGAAACAUCAUGUUCUACCAAGAAGACCUGGAGCAGUGUGGUCUGGAUGUCACAGAGGCCUCGGUGUACUCAGGAGUUUGUACAGAGAUCUUCAAAAGAGAGUGUGUGAUCUUCCAGAAACCAGUCUACUGCUUUGUUCAUCUGAGCAUUCAGGAGUUUCUGGCUGCAGUCUACAUGUUCCACUGUCACUCCAACAGGAAGACAGAGGUGCUUGAAGGUUUCGUGGGACAAAAUUAUUGGAAAUCAUCUCUGGAUGAGUUCCUCGAGAGAGCCAUGAAGAAAUCCCUCCAGAGUAAAAAUGGCCACCUGGACCUGUUUGUUCGCUUCCUUCAUGGCCUCUCUCUGGAGUCCAACCGGAGACUCUUAGGAGGUCUGCUGGGUCAGACAGAGAUCAGUCCAGAAACCAUCCAGAGAGUCAUCAACAACCUGAAGAAGAUGGACAGUGAUGAAAUCUCUCCUGACAGAAGCAUCAACAUCUUCCACUGUCUGAUGGAGAUGAACGACCUCUCAUUAUUUCAGGAUAUCCAAGAGUUCGUGAAGUCAGAGAACAGAUCAGAGAAGAAACUCUCUGAGAUCCAGUGCUCAGCUCUGGCUUUCAUGCUGCAGAUGUCAGAGGAGGUUCUGGAUGAGUUGGACCUGCAGAAGUACAACACAUCAUUCUGGGGACUACGUAGACUGAUUCCAGCUGUAAGGAACUGCAGAAAGGCUCAACUGACUAAGUGUGCACUCUCAGAGACUCACUGUAAAGUUGUGGCCUCAGCUCUGAAGUCAAACCCCUCCCACCUGACAGAGCUGGACAUGAGUCUGAAUGACCUGUAUGAUUCAGGCGUGAAGCUUCUUUGUGCUGGACUGGAGAGUCCCAACUGUCGACUGGAGACUCUGAGAUUGAAGGGCUGUGGUUUGUCAAAGAUCAGAUGUGAUUAUCUGGCAGCAGCGCUGAAGUCCAACCGCUCCCAUCUGAGAGAGUUGGACCUGAGUUUCAACAACAACCUGAAGGAUUCAGGAGUGAAGCAGCUGUGUCGUUUUCUGGAGAGUCCAAGAUGUGAACUUGAAACUCUAAGAUUGAGUUUCUGUGGUUUGUCAAAGUUCAGCUGUGAUUCUCUGGCAGCAGCACUGAGGUCCAACCCCUUCCAUCUGAGAGAGCUGGACCUGAGUGGAAACUACAGCCUUACGGAUUCAGAUGUGAAGCAGCUGUCUGAUCUUAAGGAGAGUCCAGACUGCAGACUGGCGAGUCUGGUGUGGAGCCGAUGA